AUGGCAGAUGAACUGUUAAGUCCCUGGAUAGCUGUUAAUAGUGCUUUGUCUUUGUAUAACUCUUUUACUGAUCUUAGCUCUUCAAUUGCAAUUGAUGUGAGGAAGGCUUGUAAAUGGCAACCUCCACAAGAAGGUUUCUUGAAGCUUAAUGUUGAUGGGGUUGUGUUUUUAGAAUUAAAAAAGGCUAGUAUUGGAUUGGUGUUAAGAGAUAGCAAAGGUGCUGUGGUGAUGGCAGUAACUUUUUUGGAAAGGGAAGUAGAUGAACCUGCUACCAUCGAAUUACUUGCUGUGUUAAGAGGGCUGCAAUUGUGCUUUCCUCUCGAGAUCCCUAAACUUGCCAUUGAAUCUGAUUGUUUGCUUUUGGUAUGGGCCUUGCAAACCGAGUAUGAAACCUUUUCAUCUAAUGGCAAUUUACUUAAGGAAACCAAGGCUUUAAUGAGUUGCUUCCAUGAGGUUUGCAUUGAUCAUGGUAACCGAAUGGGCAAUGGAGUAGCACACACUUUAACUAGAUAA